UACUGUGCACAUGUUGUGGAUCUUCUUGUUUCUUGUUUCAGUGAACGCUGCAGCGGAGCGGGGGGUUGGCGGGAUUGUUCGCAGGCUCGAGGCAGUACACUCGGUCUCACUCUUCUAUGUGAGGCGUCUGAAGGCAGCUAGCCGCGUGUUAGCACAGUUCACCGGCUCCAGUCAUAGCAGAGUGAGCCGCUCACGUCCUGUGGACUGUUACCCGGCCAGCUAACGUCACUGCCUGUAACAUGACUUCAUGUGCUGCAACACAUGAGCAGCUUACAGCCGGUGUUUCGGUCUAACGUGCGACCUGUCAGAUAAACGCGGGAUGUGUCGUCAUUGUGACAGCCGCUGAAACGUGAAAAACAAAAACACUGAGCUGUCAAACGACACUUUGACAUUGUGACGUCAAUAAUAAUAAUAAAAAAAACUAAACAUAGAGACAUCCACGAGGACAGCUCUUCCCGUUGUCAACAACUGUCGUAACUGUGUCGCCAUGGGACUCACCAGUUUAGAUAAGAUCAUUGCACUGCAGAGGAACCCCGCCAACACCAGGAACCUGUGCAUCCUUGCACAUGUGGAUCACGGCAAAACAACUUUGGCUGACUGCUUGGUGGCAAGUAAUGGGAUCAUAUCAAGUCGACUGGCUGGGAAGCUGAGGUAUCUGGACAGCAGGGAGGAUGAACAGAUCAGAGGAAUCACCAUGAAGUCCAGUGCCAUCUCUCUGCAUUGCAUACAUGGAGAUCAGGAGUACUUAGUGAAUCUGAUCGACUCUCCCGGUCACGUCGACUUCUCCUCUGAAGUCUCCACCGCUGUCAGGCUGUGUGAUGGAGCCAUUGUAGUUGUUGAUGCCGUGGAGGGAGUGUGUCCUCAGACCCAGGCUGUGCUGCGUCAGGCGUGGCUGGAGAACAUCAGGCCUGUUCUGGUCAUCAAUAAGAUCGACCGUCUCAUCAUGGAGCUGAUGCUCACCUCGCAGGAAGCUUACGCCCACCUGCAGAAGAUCCUGGGACAGGUAAAUGCAGUCACAGGGGCUUUGUUCACGUCCAAAGUGCUGGAGGAGCGAGCGGAGAAAGAGAAGGAGGAGGAGAAAGAAAGUGAGUCCUCGAGCAGAGAUCAGGUUUAUGACUGGAGUGCCGGGCUGGAGGAGGCUGACGACUCCCACCUCUACUUUUCACCUGACCAGGGGAACGUGGUCUUUGCCAGUGCCAUAGAUGGAUGGGGUUUCAGCAUCCAGCAGUUUGCACACAUCUACAGCCAGAGAAUGGGCAUUAAGAGAGAGGUGCUGCUCAAAACGCUGUGGGGAGAUUUCUACCUCAAUGCAAAAGCAAAGAAGAUCAUGAAGGGAGCUCAGGCCAAAGGAAAGAAGCCACUGUUUGUGCAGCUUGUGCUGGAUAACAUUUGGAGUCUGUAUGAUGCUGUUGUAACCAGGAGAGACAAGGAGAAGGUGGAGAAGGUGGUGUCAUCACUCGGGGUAAAGGUGAUGGCCAGAGACUCUCGUCACACCGACCCCAAAGUCCUGCUUUCUGCCAUCUGCAGCCAGUGGUUACCUUUGUCCCAGGCGGUCCUCUCGAUGGUGUGUGAGAAGCUGCCCAGUCCACUGGACAUGUCUGCAGAGAGGGUGGAGAGGCUGAUGAGUGUCGGAGCACGACGAUUUGACUCUUUGCCUGAACAGACACAGGAACUUAAAGAAGCGUUCCUCCAGUGUUCAAGCGACAAGGAUGUUCCGGCCAUCAUCUUUGUGUCCAAGAUGUUCGCCGUGGAUGCAAAGGCCUUGCCUCACAACAGACAGAGGCCGUUGACUCAGGAGGAGAUUGCCCAGCGCAGGGAGCUGGCGAGACAGAGACAUGCUGACAGGAUGACAGCUGAUCAGACGGCAACAGAAAGCCAAACAGACCUCACCCAGUCAGGGAGUACGCCACAGGAAGUCCAACCUGCAGGACUGAGCACAGCUAAGAUGGAGAAUCUCUCGUUAAAGGACGAGGAGGAGCAGAAGGAGACCUUCAUAGCAUUUGCGAGGGUCUAUAGUGGAGUGGUCAAGAAAGGACAGAGAGUUUUUGUACUGGGCCCAAAGUAUGACCCUGCCCAGGGCCUGAGCAAGCUGCCAGAGGCUUGCACUGCGUCAGACUGUGUAGCUGAGGUGCCUCAUCUCUCCUGCUGUUCCAUGGAGAGCCUGUACCUGCUGAUGGGCAGAGAGCUGGAGGAGCUGGAGGAGGUGCCUGCAGGAAACGUCCUGGGUAUCGGAGGUCUGGAGGAGUGUGUCUUGAAGUCAGCCACCCUGUCCACCUCUCCCGCCUGUCCACCCUUCAUCCCGCUCAACUUUGAGGCCACGCCCAUCGUACGGGUCGCCAUAGAACCAAAGCAUCCGAGUGAGAUGCCAAAGCUGGUGCGUGGGAUGCGUCUCUUGAACCAGGCAGAUCCCUGUGCUGAGGUUCUGAUCCAGGAAACAGGAGAACAUGUUCUGGUCACUGCUGGUGAAGUUCAUCUUCAACGCUGCCUGGACGAUCUUCGAGACCGGUUUGCUAAAAUUGAGAUCAGCGCAUCAAAGCCCAUCAUUCCAUUCAGAGAAACAGUGGUACGUCCUCCAAAAGUUGACAUGGUGAAUGAAGACCUGGGCAGGCAGCAGAAAAUAGCCAUCAUUCACCAGGUGAAAGAAGACGCCUCUCAGGGCCGUUCAUCUGACACCCUGCAUGUAGACUCUAAUGGUCUGGUCACCCUCACCACUCCCAACAGACUGGCCAUGGUGAGCGUCCGGGCGAUCCCCUUGCCACAGGAAGUGACCAAUCUGUUGGAGAGUAGCACUGAGCUGAUCCGCACUCUGGAUCAGUUGAACAUAUCCCUGAGGGAGGGGAAAAGUCUAGAAGUCAGCCUCAGGACCCUGGAGGCCAUCGCUGGAUUCAAGGCCCAGCUGGAGAGCCUACUGCAGGGGAGGAAGUGGAGGAACGCUGUGGAGCGUAUCUGGUCCUUUGGGCCUCGCAGGUAUGGUCCCAACAUUCUCCUGAACAGUGUGGAGGGCUACCAGCGGCCCUCAGUGUGGCAGUGUCUGGUCAGAGGAGACAAAGCUGGCGAGGAUGAAACUCAAGCCGCUGUCAUACGAGACUUUGAUAACAGCAUCAUAAGCGGCUUCCAGCUAGCAACUCUGUCAGGGCCCAUGUGUGAGGAGCCCCUGAUGGGAGUUUGCUUUUCAGUGGAGAGGUGGGACAUCCAGUCUUCAGCCUUACCACAACAUCAGGACUCCUUGGAGGAAGACUCCUUGUCCCAUGAUGCUUCAGCAGACAGUAAAGUGGAAGAAAGCGCUAAGACAUCUGAACAGACUGAUGGUACGGCAACAGGGCCAAGCCAGGCCAGGCGCAGGCCAGAGGCUGCCUCCUCAGACUGCUACGGGCCGGUCUCUGGCCAGCUGAUCGCUGCCAUGAAGGAGGCCUGUCGCCAUGCCUUCCAGGCUCAGCCCCAGAGACUCAUGGCUGCCAUGUAUACCUGUGAGAUCAUGGCCACUGCUGAGGUGCUGGGCCGAGUGUACGGUGUACUGGGAAAACGAGAGGGCCGUGUCCUCCAUGAAGAGAUGAAGGAAGGCACAGACAUGUUCAUCAUCAAGGCUGUUCUGCCCGUGGCUGAGAGCUUCGGAUUUGCCGACGAGAUCCGCAAGAGGACCAGUGGGUUAGCCAGUCCACAGCUGGUCUUCAGCCACUGGGAGGUCAUCACCAGUGAUCCAUACUGGGUUCCCACCACUGAGGAAGAAUAUUUGCACUUUGGAGAGAAAGCCGACUCCGCCAACCAGGCCCUCAAAUACAUGAAUGCUGUCCGCCGCCGCAAAGGCCUCUACGUGGAGGAGAAGAUAGUGGAGCACGCAGAGAAACAGAGAACACUCAGCAAGAACAAGUAGAGAAGAACCAGCUCCUCUGGUCAGGCUGUGAGACUCUGCUGACACCUGAACAGCAGCACUGCAGAGCACCGUCAGUCACAGAGGGACAGACGUCGCCGGAAUCAAAGAUCUUCAUCACAGCAGCAGCAUAGUCUGUCACUGAUGGCUUCUUUCUUAUUUUCUUGCGCAACAAAAUAAAUUAUUUGGGAUUGUUGAUUAGUUGGGAUUCUCUGUUUUAUAAAUCAUAUUGUUUUAUGUUCACACAGAGACAGCAGGGGCAGUAAAUACUGACCAAUCAAACUGCCCCAUUCCAUGCUGAAUGACAGAUAAAUAUUUUGGAACUUGGAUUUGAACAUUAUUUGUCAUUGCUUUGCAGAUUUACUAUUGUAUGACAUCACCUUCGUAAUUAAUAUACAUUACGAUGCUUAUUAGAAUUUUAAAUGACUGAUAUGUUUCCCAUUAGCUUCAGGUUUUAAGACAAUCGUGUUAAAAUACAUUUCUGUGACAAAUCUGAGAAUAAAGUUCAAAGUUAACAUUGA